AGGAGCUUCAGUUUCCUUCCUUGCUGAAUUGCUUGUAUGAUAUUGAAUCACCCCAAAAUUUUGAAAGUUUCCUUUUCAAUUCUCUGAUUGGACUUCAAUGGAGUUGGAUGACUGGGAACCGAGUGCGGAAGAGCUGGAUUCUCUGGAGCGAGAUGCAAUGAGGCAAAUCGCUGAGCGCAAUUCCUCGUCUUAUGCUGCCACCACCUCUGUGCACCAUACUCCGGUCUCUCCCCACCGGCCGGAGCUCUCUUCUGCUUCUGUGAAAAAUGCUCAGUCGCCUCCUCGGAGAAUACUGCCUUCAUUUGGAGCAAAUAAGGCAACUGAUUCUGGUCUAAAUGUGGAGUUCCCUGUAGAGAAUUUGUCAAGACAACAACAACCACAACAAAAACAACAGAAACGCUCUGUUAAACUUUUCCUCCAUGCAAGUGGUGAUAUAGCUGCAAAGUUUUUGUAUGACCAGCUACUUAUAGAUGCACUGCGAAAAGUACCUAAAGCGUUUUGGAAUGCAAAAGAAAGAUUGUGGAUGUUUCCUCUGUCAUCAUUGUCAUCAGCAGAAAAAAUUCUAAAUGGAAUUUCUAGCUCAAAUGUGGAGGUUCAGAACUUAGAUCCGUUGGUGCAACGUGCUAUUGUGGCUGCCAAUGAAGUUUGUGAUAUUCAAGAUCGCUAUGAAUCCAUUCCUGACAGCAUUAAAACGAAGCUAAUGCCUUUUCAGUGUGAUGGAGUAAGAUUCGCCUUGCAACAUGGUGCACGGAUUCUUUUAGCUGACGAGAUGGGACUUGGAAAGACAAUUCAGGCCAUUGCUGUAAGUUCUUGCGUCCGUGAAUCAUGGCCCGUUCUUGUUCUUACUCCAUCUUCGUUGCGUCUUCAUUGGGCUUCUAUGAUUCAACAGUGGUUGGAUAUUUCACCUUCAGAUAUCCUUGUGGUUUUAUCUCAAUUGAGUGGUUCAAAUAGGGCAGGAUUCAAAAUUGUGCCUUCAAAUGCUAAGAGAUCUAUCCAACUUGAUGGCAUCUUUAAUAUAAUAUCCUAUGACACUGUUCCUAAGUUACAGGAUACCUUAAUGGCAUCAGAGUUCAAGGUUGUUAUUGCCGAUGAAUCACACUUUUUGAAGAAUGCCCAGGCUAAACGAACCAAUGCAUCACUUCCUAUAUUACAGAAAGCCAAAUAUGCCAUAUUGCUUAGUGGAACUCCUGCCUUGUCAAGACCAAUUGAGCUUUUUAAACAGCUGGAGGCCUUGUAUCCUGAUGUUUACAAGAAUGUUCACGAGUAUGGAAACCGUUAUUGCAAGGGUGGCAUUUUUGGAGUUUAUCAAGGUGCAAGCAAUCACGAAGAACUGCACAACUUGAUGAAAGCAACUGUGAUGAUUCGCAGACUCAAAAAGGAUGUUCUCUCGGAGCUUCCUGUUAAGCGCAGGCAACAGGUUUUCUUAAACUUGGAAGAUAAGGAGAUGAAGUGUAUCAAUGCUUUAUUUUGUGAGUUGGAGGUUGUCAAAAGCAAAAUAAAAUCAAGCCAAUCCAAGGAGGAAGCUGAAUCACUUAAGCUCACUAUGAAUAAUCUUAUAAAUAAGAUUUAUGUUGCUUCUGCAAAGGGCAAGAUUUCAUCAGUUUUGGAUUACUUAGGAACAGUUAUUGAGGCAGACUGCAAAUUCCUUAUAUUUGCACAUCACGUAGAAAUGAUUGAUGCAAUUCACCAGUAUUUGCUUAAAAAGAAAGUUGGUUGCAUUCGCAUUGAUGGUGGUACUCCAGCAGCAUCACGCCAAGCUUUGGUCACAGAUUUUCAGGAAAAAGCAUCAAUAAAGGCUGCAGUGCUAUCUAUCAAAGCUGGGGGUGUUGGGUUAACCUUAACAGCAGCAAGCACAGUCAUAUUUGCAGAGCUAUGUUGGACUCCAGGUGACCUUAUUCAAGCAGAAGAUCGUGCUCAUAGAAUUGGCCAGGUGUCAUCGGUCAAUAUAUACUAUCUGCUGGCAAAUGACACUGUUGACGACAUAAUUUGGGAUGUUGUAAAGAACAAGCUGGAAAAUUUGGGACAGAUGCUUGACGGCCAAGAGAAGUCCUUAGAAGUAUUAGAAGAUAACUCAAAUAAAAGCCCUAUGAAACAAAAAACUCUUGAUUCCUUCAUGAAACGUUGCAACACAUCAUCUGAGCACGAACCCAUGCCAAAACACUUGCGCCAUUGAACAUCAGGCAUUUCAACUACCAAUGUUUUGUACAGACCGAGUUUAACUGCACAGUUAAACCACAGCCAGAUGAAAAUGAAUGGCAAAAGAGUAUGUCUAUCUUCAUUCUUGAGACCCCUGUAUCUCUGCAGCUUCUAUCAGAUUCAGGUAGACCAUUGUAUAUGCUCCGAGAGUGAGCUCUGCUUCUGAGUACAGUUAUUGAAUCAAAAUAGAGAUUAGGGUAAAAUAUCUCCAAUCUUUUGGCAAUGUACUAGUCCUGACUGGUAAUUGAAUGAAUCUGUCCUCAGAUGUUUUGUUUUAUUAGUA